AUGGACUUUGUCAAGAAAUUCGCCGGCGGCAACGACGAAGAGCAGUCUGCUCAGCAAGGAAGCGCUCAGCAAGUUCCUACCCAGCAGGGCGAGUCUGGCGGCUUCCUCGGUGGCAUUGGCAACAAGCUCAAUUCCGCUGCUGGCGGCGGUCCCGAGAGCGAGAAGAACGAGGAUUACCUUGACAAGGGUAAGCUUGCCAUACUCUCACCUAGUCUCAACAUACUAACACAUCAUCAGNGUGUCGACUUCGUUCAAGAGAGAUUCAUGGGCCAAGGUCCCCAGGACAACGAGUCCGCCAUUGAGCAGGCCAAGGACGAGCAAAUCUCCGACUUCAUCCGCAAGCAAUGGAAGACCACCACCGGCUCCGACAUCCCCAUCAAGGACAAGGAGACCAAGUUCUAG